AAUCAUCCUCGUCGACAUUGACAGGAUGGCCUCGCCCGUGCUACGGUCGCCCGACCUCGUCGCCGCCAUCGCCGCGUACCAAGAAGGCCUACCAGAAGACUUGGCCGUGGCCCAGCGCCUCGCUGAUGCCAUUGAGCUCACGCCGUGCUCGCAACACCCCAACGAGGAGCAAACCGGAUACCUCGCUCACGUUCCUGCCAGGCUCGCGGCGCUGCCUUACCUCCAGCGCUACGCCCACCCGACGACCAAGCUGCCAAACCACGCGCUCUUUGUCUCGCCAAGCGUGUACGACCGAGCUCUCGCGCUCCACCUCGCGAUCGUCGACGGCGACAUGGCGCUCGUCCAGCAAUGGCUGCGAUGGGAUGCAUCGCUUUGCACAUCAGCAACGCUCGAGCUGGCCGCGGCCGCAUCCCAAGGUCCGAUUCUGCGCCUCCUUUUAGUGCAGUUUCCCGCAUUCGCGACCACCAAGAUGAUGGACCUCGUGGCUUUGUCGGGCGACCUUGCGCUGCUUUCGUGGCUUCACGAGGCCGGCGCGCACUGCACUUCGGCGGCGAUGGAUGGCGCGGCCAUGAACGGGCACCUCGAUGUCGUGGUCUUUCUGCAUGCAACGCGCACCGAGGGCUGCACGAGCGUUGCGGCCACCGCGGCGGUGGUCCACGGCCACGCGGCGAUCGUCCAGUACCUUCUCUCAGAACGCACCGAAGGCGUCAAGCCGUGGCUCUACUUUGAGGCCCCGCACGGCAAGCACAAGAGUCAUAGCGUACGUGGCGAGACACAUCUUCAAGCGGUCGACCUUGUUGCAGCGACGCUCCAGCUGGCGGACGCAGCGUUCACGCGCAUCGUACAGCAGGCGGGGCUCGCAGCGCUGCGGCACGUGUACACGCGUGGAUACCUAAAAAAGAUGACCAGAGCGUUGCUGGAGCUCGCUGUCGCCACGCGAGACCACGCAAUGUUGCGCUACGUCUUGGAGUGCAUCGACCAAGAGUACGCGCGACCGCAAGAAGCCGACGACGAGUGGCUGCCGCCAGACGCACCAGAGGACAUGACAGUCGACUUUCGCCGAGGGCCGCGGCGGUACGCCGACGGUGACCAUCCGAUCGAUCGGUGGGAGCACUGCAGAGUGAUGGAGCUGGCGGCUUGCAACGGUGACAUCACGUCGCUGGAGCUCUUGCACAAGAGCCGACUCCGCGUCGGCUCGACGCGAGCUAUCGAGUAUGCGGGCUACUGUGGUCACCUGCACGUGCUGCAUUGGCUGCACGCGCACCGGCGCGACGGCUGUACCGAAGACGCCAUGACUCUUGCUGCCCUCGCCGGCCGCUGGGACGUAGUUCGUUGGCUUCACGAAGACUACGGACUUUGCCGGACCCACGCCGCCUUGGCAACCGCAGCCUAUGCAGGCCAUCUGGCGAUAGUAAAGUACCUCUUGGAUGUGCCGACGGGCGGCGCCGACAAUCACACGGAUAAGCCUGACGACAGCUCUCGCUAUAUCACGGUGAUGCCAGCGCUUUGUGGUGGCGCCGAGUUCGACUACUUCAAAGGGUCGGCGACGUACUGGGCGGCUACUCAAGGCCACCUCGAGAUCGUCGAGCUGCUCGUCGCGCGGGGCCACCCCGUGCCGCCAACUGCCAUGAGCGAGGCCGUCUCGAGCGGUCACUUGCACGUCGUGCGCUACCUCCACGAGGGGUUUGGCCACAUCUGCACCUACUACCGGUCCCUCUUGAGCGCGGUUGAGGGGCGCCACAUCGACACUGUCGCGUACGUGCUACAGAAGAGAUGCUGGCAGCUCGGUUGGUCGCUGUCCAACGACGAUCGGACCGAAAUCGCUUGGCACAUGCUGCUCGUGGCCGCCGCGCGCAGCGGCAGCCUGUCCAUCUUGGAGCUCAUUUGCAACACCUUCCCGAUCAACCUCGCAACGGAAUUACCGCGCCGCGUCUCGGAGCGCAUGCUCCUCCGUGCUGCGUCGCUCGGUCAUCUCGAGAUGCUGCAGCAUUUGCACGAACGCUACGGCUUUGGAUGGACGCCGCUGGUCCGAGAGGCGGCGAUGCACCGUGGCCACAAAAAAGUGCUGCGCUACUUUGAUACACUCGGGCCCGCGACAGCCUCUGUCCAUGCUACCGACGAGCGUGGGCUCUGGCGCUACGGAAAUGAUUUCAGUUUUUACGUGACGAGGGUCGACGGUGUUCUCGGCGUGCAGCCCAUGUGAUCGGUCGUCUAUAUGGUCAAGCCAACAUACUAUAUACUAGUAGGCCUGGACCUAGGUCCUUCACCCACUGCAAUAGUACGACAACUAUAGCUAUCCGCGUGUUC